CUUAACGCGCGAAGCGAGUUAAUGAGAGGUUAUCUCAGGUCAGACUAGCUGGACAACAACAUAGCCCGCCAGCGGUACGUAACAGGUGUUUUACAAGGAAGGAGCCUGGUCAGGCGAAUUCCUUUGCCCUGGCGGAGAUAUGUUGCGAUGCCAAAUAUGGUAUUUUGUCGGACUUCACGAGGAGGCGUGGCCAAAAAAUGUUGCGUUGCGAAUUUUGGUAUUUUCGGACAUUACAAGGAGGCGUGGCUAAAAAUGCUACGUCGCGUUAGCUGACGUGGUAAUUUCGGGAGGGGGCAAAAGCCAAUUUCUAACAAGUUAGCAUUCUUCUUCGUGGAGUCGAUUUGAAAGCAUCUUCCAUCUCAAUUCACCUGUCUUGUGCAACAUACUUCCUGUAUUUUUGUUAUAUUUCGUUGAACUCUUUAGUUGUGAUCCUUCUAAUUGUCUUUCUUACCCAUUCAUAUAUCUUAAAGAACGCUUCGCAGUUGAGAAUUUAUUCUUUUAUCUAGGAACAUACCUGUAUAUUUGUGUUAUAUCCGUUUGUUGGACUUUUGAGCUGUUAGGAGUCACAGUUUGCUCUAAGGACUUUUCAAUUUCGCCACCCCUGCAUUAUUCAAUCAUGCCCAAGGUUAAGCCAGGCAAAAAGUUAAGUCAGAGGAAGUCUACUCGUCGUUCGGUCCGAGAUGCCGCCAGCCAGCCUUCUCCUGUCGACCUCGAGACAGACGUCGGCCAAGUUUUUACUUCUACGCAGAGCCCAGCUGCUGGAAGUUCGGCGUCGACAACCAACGAUGGACAGGUUUCGCAGGUUAGCACCAGGCGCAGAUCUGGCUGGCAGCAAGCUUCCCGCCCAUCUUUGGAGCAGCUUCAUAUAGAGAGAGAGCAUCUGUUGUUUUCUUCGCGGGCGCCCGGCACUCAUCAUACUUAUAGGAACGCUUGGUCUGUGUUUAAGCAGUUUCGGCUGCAAUAUCAUUAUGAUAUAAGUAUACGUCCUGACGUUGAGCAGGUCGCUCAAUUUAUUGCUUAUCUCUCCUGGAAUGGGUAUGCGGGGGCAACAAUAAGUACAUAUAUAUCAGGCCUGGCUUUUACGAUGCAAACAUUGGGUUGGCCUGAUGUGACUGACGCGUUUGUAAUCCGGCGGCUGGUAGACGGGUGCAGGCGGAAAAAUGCUCGCCGUGAUACCCGGUGUCCCAUAACCCUGCCUAUUCUCAAAUCCAUCCUAAAUUCAUUGACUCACGUAUGCGUUAAUACGUAUGAUCUGGCAUUGUUUCGGGCUGCCUUUCUAAUCGCUUUCUUUGGUUUUCUUCGAGUAGGGGAGUUCACGUCUCGAUCUAGACAUGAACCCGUUCCUUUAUCAGAAAAAGAUGUUAUUAUUCAAGGGAUGGGUAAUCAAGCAAAAUUGCGCAUUGUGAUUGCGAGGUCUAAAACAGAUCAAACUGGACGUGGAUGCUCGAUUUUAAUUCCACAGAAUGUUAUUUCGUAUUUAUGCCCACUUCGCGCUGUAAAUGAUUACCUCGCUCUGCGGAGCUCGGUCGGCUCUGCCUUUUUCCGUCACUUUGACUCGUCACCCCUAACGAGGCACCAAUUUGGCCAAGUUUUAAAGCGUGCCAUUAGUUUUUGCGGGCUACCCGUUGCUCAUUUCUCUUCCCAUUCUUUCCGUAUUGGGGCGGCAACUUCUGCAGCCAUGGCAGGUGUUCCCGAUGUUUGCAUUCAAAAUAUGGGGCGCUGGGCUUCCAACACACACAGAUUGUAUAUUCGACAACCUCUCCCCCCUUAAUUUAAGCAAUUUUGCCAGUAUGUUUAUCACCCUUCUAUGUUUAAUACCAGUUUGUGCACAAUUUAAUAUCGACCUAAUGUUUAUUUGUUUUUGUUUUUUGACAACCCCUAACGAGCAGUAAAUAUUAACCUUACUCUCUCUCUCUCUCGCUUGUUGCCAUGGUGACGCAAUAGUUAUCUUACCCGUUAAUAGUUCCAUGGGCGCAGGCAGAAUUGCUCGCCCACUGUUAGUAGAUUGUGGUCUUUGCUACACUUAUCGUGUUUAUGGUAACUAUGUACCCCCCCCCCCCCCUUUUUAGAAUGUACAAUUGGUGCCGCUGUUUCUUUCCUUUUCUCUCUUCCAUGUGCAGUUAUUUGGAGUCUCAACGUGGGUUGUGUCAGCAUUCCACGGAAUCGUAAGAGAGGAAGGGGACAAUUCACGUUUCGCUGACGCGGGCAGUCCCGCUCUAGUUGGGGGCGGGCCCUCACUACUCGGCACGUGGCCGGGUCCUAAAACUCAAUACAUCCGCGAACAGGAGAACACUUGAUUUCUUUGUCGCGGAGCGAAAUCACUAGAGUAACAGCUGUUUUACCUCCGUCGAGGACUCGCUGGCUCGGACGUCGCGAACAGUUGGAACUUUUUUAUGAGCAGAUGUUAUGACCUGAAUACCUUAUCCAGAACUCACACGUGGUUUCAUCAGAUCUCACGUCCUUACUACAAACUUCACUAUUUACUGACUAAGCCCCGCCCCCCCCCCCGCCUCUCCUUUAUCUUAGUGCACUAGACUCUUCGCAAGUGGACUGAAUGAGCAUGAAUCCUCCUAGAUGGUUUAAUUGUGCGUCCCUGUUCGUUUAAUGCACCCCCCCCCCCCUUUUCCCCGCUUCUUAGCGUGGACCUUGUAAAUACAGCAUGGUUUGAACUAUUGGCAUC